AUGAGCCCAAAUGGCGAAGAAGUUGCUGCGGCUUUAGGUCGCCAGCAGCGCAGGGCAGAUGCCGGUCGCGAAAGGGCCGACGCCCUGGAGGAGAAAGAAGAGAUCAAGGAAGGACCAAGGGACACGCAGAGCAAGCUGCUCGGCCUUCUCACGGGCCUCACGGAGCGCAUGGAGGCGUCGCAAGGGCGACUGGAGGAGAAGGAGCGUUUGAAGGGCCAUGAGGCUAGCGUUUUUGGUCCGGUGUUGGGGCAAGGCAAAGCCAUGACAAGAGAGGCGUCGGAUGUGUCGCCACCGAGGCGUGUGUCACCCGGCGUAUCGCCAUCAACGUACUUUGGCGCAAGACAGCCUGGAUAUGCUGGUGCAGCGGCCAAUGUUGAGAUGGCGCAGGCGCCGCAACCAGUACUGCCUCAGCAUUACGUGCCACCACCCAUGUACCAGCCGGCGCCCCCACCACACAUGGCACCAGAAUUACAAUACGACCGUGUGCCAGAUACGCGACAGAGGAAGCUGGGCAUCCGACCUUUUGAUGGCAAGGAAUUGUAUCAAGGUCUCGGAAGUGGGUUUUUAUCGUGGUGUAAGAGAUUUGUAAGGCAGAUCAUGUUCGCGGAGCGAGCAAGUGGUUUCCAGUGGAGUGAAGACGUCAAAGUAGACGUGCUAGGGCACCACUUGACCGGUAUGGCCGAGCGAUAUUACAACCGACAGGUCGAGGGGUGGUUUGAAGAACAGCCGACGCUAGAGCAUGCGAUGCAGCGUCUACUCCAUACGUUUGCGACCAAGAUAACUCCCCAACAAAGUAUGAAGAUCUUUACAGCUCCCAAGAGCUCCAAGCGAAGCUGGCGGAGCAUUGCCUGUAUUUGGUGGCGGUGA